AUGGCUCAAAGCUACCACAUGAUUAAAAAUAUUGUGGGAGAAACCGAAACAUGGAGAAUAAAAAUCAAAGCAAUUUAUAAAUGGAAAACAUUUGAGCACAAUGGUGAAGUGAAUGACAUAAUUGUAGAAGUAACUGCAUAUAGUAAUGUAAAUGAUGGUUUCAAAUUAUCAAUCAAACUUGAAUUGAUUGAUGAGGAAAACAACCAAAUUUCAGGAAGGUUUUGGGAACAAUAUGCAAAGGAAAUUUAUAGUUACGUAUCCAAACCAGAGAAUAAUAAAUCUUUUGUGAUUAUUCUUCAAUAUGCAAAAGUAAAAUUAUGGAGAGGUACGACAUCAUUGACCAAUUCAAUGUUCAUAACGCGACUCACCAUUGAACCUGAUAUUCAUGAAGUGCAUGAAUUUAAAAGCAGAAGGAAACUCAACGACGGUUCAAUAAUUCAACGGUCGUCAUUGCUUGAUGAGUCUAAUCACAGUUUAAAAUCAUCAAAAUUAGUAUUUCUUCAUAAUCAUGAGGUUGUGCAAUUGAAGGAUAUAAUGCUGCUGCAAAAGGAAGGUUACUAUGUCACAUAUGGCACAAUCACAUCUAUUGAUUGUGAGCACGAAUGGUCUUAUUCAUCAUGUUACAAAUGCUAUGAUGUUGUUCAAAAAGAGUCAGAUGGUUCCAUGAGUUGUCUUACAUGCAAAGUACCUAUUCUAAUUGUUUGGCCAAGGUACAAGAUUUUUGUGCGUGUUUCGGAUGGUGUUGGGCAAUCCACUUUUGUUCUUUUUGACUCACAAGUGAAGAAAGAAUUACAAGUUACUGCUAAAGAGUUAAUUGAUAAGCAGGUUAAGAAUGGAGAUACUGAAACGUUUCCAGAGGAGUUGGAAAAACUCAUCAAUAAAAAGUAUUUGUUUGUGUUUAAAAAGGAAAAUGAUAGUUCUGUUGAAUCAAAAGAACAUUCCACUUCUAUGAAUCAAGAUAUUAUACAGAAUUGUGACUCAACAACAGAAAAUAGCAACUUUCAAACACCAAUUAAAGGAGGAUUGCAGAAGGUCAUUGACAUUAGUGACUGUGAGUAUUCCACAAAUAAGAAGACAGUUGAGGAUCAAAUCAAUACUAAAAGAGGUUUGGACAACAUAUAUGACAUAAGUGAUCUUGAGUGUUCUACUAGCAAAAAACAUAUUGUUGUGAAGGAGAAGGACCCUAUAAUAAAUUAG